AUGAGCAGUUCCAACAUUCGAUCUCCCGAGAUGAAACGUGUACGUCUUAGUCCUCCAAUGAUGCCACACGUUCUCCCCGCGCAUAUGUCUACGUCACUGCCUCCAUUGCCACCGCUAAGGGACUUUACUGGAGUAAAUCCUCCAGUCCCUAUUACUGCUUUGAGCACCUCGUGCAAACUAGCCGAGCUGCGAUACAAAUAUCUGGAUGAUAUUGCUAUGGUUAUUCAGAAACUUAAAGCCGUGCUUACGUACGGUCCCGGAUCUGCGUGUCCAGAUUCGCCGGUGCCUCCUUCGGUCGUACUCAAGUUGGUACGCACUGUACAGACGCUCGAGAAGCUGCGUACACUGCUACUGAUGAAUCCUACAAGGUUGCGUCGAGUAUCGUCUGCCCAGAUGGAAACCGUCGAGCAACAGAUUAAAAUGAACCUGCUUCCGAUCGCAACUUUGUUCCGCAGCUUUGACAAUGAGAAGCAGACUGAUAAACGUCAAGACACACCGUCCGCUAUUGAAGAUAGCGCGCUUAAAAUGGAACAAGUCUGGAAUCAGCAUUGCGAUGCCAAGUCUCCGUGCUCACCUAUAGAAGUUUUAGCAACGCCAGUGCCUCGAUAUGACUGGCGAUUUCUGUCCAUGGCGCUUAGCCUGCAGUUGUAA